AUGAACCGGCUUGUAUGCAACGACUUCGAGCUUUGCUUGGACGAUUGCAAGGACCCGCUUGCACUGUCCGCAGAGUUGCUGCGGCUUGCAAUCCGCAAUCAAGAGAGUCCCGCUGAACAAGUGGCUGCCGUCACGCAGCUAAGCUGCAAGCUGAAGACAGCCGACCUCACAGCGUUAGAUCCACAGGACCUGUGGGGCUUUUGGGUUAACGUGUAUCACAGCCUCCUGGUGCAUUCGUGUUCUCUCUACGGGCGCCCAAAGACCUUGAGGCACUUGUUGGGAUUUUACAACAGCUGCUCAUACCUCGUGGCCGGCCAAAUCUUCUCUCUUGCAGAGAUCGAACAUCUGGUCUUGCGCAACCAGAUGCAGAAGGCCAGCACCCGACUUAUGACGCUGCUGGUGCGUGUUUGGCGCCGCGAACCCUCUGAGCUUGAGGAGCGCCCUUCUUUGCGUGCUCCAAUAAAUCCGGGAGAAAACUUCAGAUGCCGCCCAGACUGGCGUCUCAAUUUGGUGCUUUGCGCAGGCAACAAAGCCAGCAGCUCCAAGGUGCCAGUUUUCGAGCACAUGUCGGCUGAUGACUUCGACAAGCUUGUGAGCAAGUCAAUGGAGCAUUGCUUACGAGUUGCCGGCCGACUGGACAAGCGACCUGUCCAGCUCCCCUACGUGCUUUACCGCUUCCGGGCAGAUGCACCUGGACCGGUCACUGAAUUGCCCGAUCGACGAUGGUCCUCUGCGUUGUCACCGCUACUUGGAGACGCGGUUCUCGACGGUCGAGUGGCGUACAGGUCCGGCUAUGACUGGACGAUGCGGGAUAGGCUAGACCUACUCUGA